AUGAGACAUGAGACACGCAACAACAAAUCCUCUCCGCUUCCCCGUCUUCUUCCCUUAUUUUGAGGCCACGCGCGGAGGCGGAGCCGGUGGCGGUGGUGGUGGGACGAGAUGCAACCAAGACUCACCAAUUCGUCGUCCCCCUUUCCCAACCUCAACCCCGCCUGCAUUCUCCCUCCCAAUGCGCCUCCCGUCGAAUCGGCGGGGGCGGCGGCAGCCAAUGGUUCCCCAUCCCUGUUCCCCGCUCCCUCCCCCCAGUCGCGAGCCUCCCACCACCGUCGCGCCAGAUCCGAGCUCGCAUUACGCUUCUCCGACGACCUCGGAGGCGGUGAUCCGGUACCGGCAGGGAGCGCAGAUGAGAUAGGCUCCGAGGAUGAUCUCUUCUGCACCUUCAUGGACAUCGAGAAGAUGGGGUGCAAGCUGGAACCCAGCGGAUCCGGGUCGGAGGGCGGCGACUGUGCGGAUCCGACUGCUGAGAGCUCUGGCUGCGGCGAUGAGAGGAAGGCCGGCGAUCCGGUCGGAGUCGCUGCUGCUUCCAAGCCUAAGCAUCGACAUAGUUUCUCGGUGGAUGGAUCGUCGGCAACGUCGUCAACCUCGACCAAGAGGGAAGGUGUGUUUUCGGAAGGGAUUGAAGCGAAAAAGGCAAUGUCGGCGGAGCAGCUUGCUGAACUGGCCGUUGUCGAUCCUAAGAGGGCAAAAAGGAUCCUUGCCAAUCGACAGUCUGCAGCUCGCUCCAAAGAAAGAAAAGCUCGCUACAUAUCAGAACUUGAAAGAAAAGUCCAAACCCUCCAAACUGAGGCAACCACUCUCUCUGCACAGCUCACGCUAUUUCAGAGAGACACAACUGGACUGUCCGCAGAGAAUCAAGACCUCAAGUUACAAUUACAAGCUAUGGAGCAACAAGCUCAUUUACGUGAUGCAUUAAACGAGGCACUGAAUCACGAACUACACAGAUUGAAGGCUGCAACCGGUGACAUAUCAAAACCCGAUGAAACAUAUGACAUCGGACUGCAGAAUCUAGCAUACAGCCAGUCAUUCUUUGCAUUUCCCCAGCAACAGCCAAUCCAUCACCAUCAAGCUCUCCAAUUUCAGCCCCAGUUCCAGCAGCCGCAGACUGGCAUCUCAAAUCACCAAAUUCUGAGUCACCCAGCUAGUCUCCCUGAUGCGAUGCGGCUAGAUCCCCUCGGAAGGCUUCAGGGUUUGGAUAUCAACAAAGUAUCCUCCAAUGUUGUGAAGUCAGAGAGUUCCGCAAUAUCUGUCAGCGAAAGCAGCAGCACCUUCUAACCAUCCGACAGGCAAAUCAUCUUCUCAUCUGUUCAGCUCGACUCAUACCUGUGCUUCCUUCUCAUAUGGUUCUACAGUUUGCAUUCUAUUAAUCUUAAAUUAUUUGUUGAAGAUGUCAGGAUUGCAUUAUUCCUCCGUUUUCAUCGCCUACAAGCUUUCUGCUCGAGUUCAGUUUUCACGAUGUGUAAGAUUCAUUUGUAUUCUUCCUUGUAUCGUUGGGAAUCGAAGGUCAAAUUUUACCCAAGAACAAAUUAUAUAUAUUUCUUUUGGCGAUUAUGAAAUCCUUGUUUGAGUUGGGCAUGUUUAGAAUUUGUAUCCUUCCUUGUGUCAUUGUGUGUACAACAUUUUGUUUAGAAUUUGACUUGCGAAGCUGUAUCAACUCAGUUCUGUACAAUUAAUUUGUUUGUGAACAUUCUGAUAAA